AUGCAAUCCAUAUUAUACAUUAUAUCUUUAAUUAUAUUCCUAUCAUGGAGCAGAGUCAUUAUUGUCUCUGCUGAAUAUUGGUGUUAUGAUACAGAUGACCCCUUUAACCAAAAUGCAGAGCCAGUUAAAUGUCCUUCCGUGACUGAAGACACUUCAAAUAGCAAAUUUUUUAAUGUUGGGGUCAAACCAGGCGUUUCGACUAACAUGUUUGACAUAACAUUCACUUGUGACCCAUUAAUUAAUGCGACAACUUGCGAUAAAGCAAAAAAAUCAUUUGAGAAAGCAGGAGAAAUAUUUUCCAGCGCUUUGUUACUGAAUACUCCAAUACGAAUAAAUGCUAGUCUAGUACCAUUGUCUGAUGACACAAUUUUAGGAUCAGCGGCACCGGCUCGAAUAAUUCCAUUAAAAUGUAAAGAUAAAAAAAUUCGAAAUUUUCCACAGGCUUUAGUCAAACAAUUUCAAUUUCCUACACAUCCAGAAUAUGCAACCGAUGAUAUUGUUGCUGUAUUCAAUUCUCGUACAGAGUAUUAUUUCGAAGACGACCCGACAGUCGGUCCUCAACAGAUAGGAUUUCUAGAAUUAAUAGUACAUGAAAUCGUUCAUGGUCUUGGACUUAUAACAAGUUGGAAACCCCUUUUAAAUUCUAACAUAACCACUGAAUUAGUUCCAAGAUUAAACAUAACAAUGGAUGGCGAUGUAACUAAGCCUAUAACAUAUUAUGGAUUUGUUGAAACUAUAUUUGAUGCAUUUUUAGUAACAGCUGAAGGAGAUAAAUUUUCAAAUUUUACUGAUCAAUUGAAUGAUUUUACUCCACUUGGAACAAAGUUCCAAAAUCAACAGGCUUUUUUGGAUUCUUUUAUGAAUUCAACUCAAUAUAAUUUUGCAAAAAUGGUAUUGAACUAUUCACAAACACCAAAUUCUAUGGUAUUUUUAGCAAAUCCUCAAUCCGAACUCAUAUGGUUGGAAACUACUUUGUUCCCAUAUUUGAAAGGAAGUAGUAUAUCACAUUUUAGUCUACAAAUUUAUGAUAAUACGACCGAUUUUUUAAUGACUUAUCUGCAACGCCCUGGCCGAAGUUUGGAAACUGCAAUGAAACAAAACAAUGCAACUUGUGCAAUUGGUCCAAAAUUACUAUUAUUACUUGAAACUAUAGGUUAUGCAACACCUAGCAAACCAAAUCCUGAAAUACCGUCACCAAUAGAUCCCCCUCCGGUAAAUGUAACAAAGACAUCGAAAGAUUAUAACGUCAGUAUUUCCGGUAGUUCAUCUAACAUAUCACAACCUACCUCUACCAACGCAUUGUCUAAUACCGGAUGUGUUAUAACCAAUAAUUACGGGUGGAUAAAUCUCGUGGUUAGUUUGAGUGUUGGUG